AUGCAGUCGCCGCCAGGAUCGCCGUUUGCCGAGGUCAUCAGCUCUCUCGCCGGUCUCCACCAGGAACAACAUCAGGCCCUGUUGAGCCUUAGAGAAGACCAGGAGAGACGUUUCCAGGCCCUCAUCCAGACCCAACAGGAGGACCGGGAGUCAUUCCGGAGCUGGUUGAGCCAGGAAGGAGAAUGGGAGCCCAGGACGAGCCGGAAGCCUUCCUGGACUUAUUUGAGAGGUCUGCGGAACUAUCCGGGUGGCAACCGGAUAGUUCCGGUUAGUUCCAUCCUCGAGCGGGUGGGUCGGAGUCCCGAGCAGCACAGACAAUGGUUCCGGUCCCUGGAGUUCGGGGAACGUUAUCAGCCGGUUGCCUUUGCUCACCAGCUCCGGGAUGCCUGUCGUAGAUGGUUGAUGACUGGAGCCAGCACCGUUGAUACCAUUCUCGAUCAGGUGACAUUGGAGCAGUUCGUGGUCAGGUUACCCAAGAAAACCUCACAGUGGGUCCAGUGUCACCGCCCGACGGUGUUGGCCCAGGCGAUCCAGUUGGCGGAGGACCAGUUGGUGGCGUGCCCCGGGGCCGGCAUAGGCCUACCAUCACUUUCUCUCUCUCCCUCUAUUGUCCCUUCUCCCUCUGUCAGACCCGUUCCCUUUCCCAGGUCUCGAGGGAUGUUCUAUCCGCCUCCAGCGCCGCGGAUUCGGCUCUUCCCAGAGGCGGGACCACACGGGGGCGUUAGGUCCUCAGAGGGACCCUCCGGCCGGCCGGGCAACGGCGCACAUACUUCUUCCCUUCCGCCAGCCUCUCCUCGCCAAUUCGGGGGUCUGCUUCCUGCCGCUGUGGCGGCGGGGACUCCUGGGCCGGCAUGUUGGCGUUGUGGGGACCCCGGCCAUUUUAUCGACCGCUGCCCGAUGAUGGAGGUCGGUAUGAUGGUGCGGGUGCCCGACAAUCCUCAGGCUGCCCUCGGUCAGGACGGGCUGUACCAGAUACCUGUGAGUAUCAGGGGGUACAUAUCAGGCCUUGGUGGAUUCAGGAUGUAACCAAACCUCAAUCCACCAUAGCCUGAUUCAAUUCGAGGGAUUAGAUACGAGCCGCGGGGUUAAGGUAUGGUGUGUACACAGGGAUUUCGUGAACUACCCUUUGGUGCCGUUGACCAUAAAAUUUCGGGGACAAAAACAUAGGAUAGAGGUGGCUGUUAAUGAGCACCUCUGACAUCCUCUAAUUUUAGGGACAAAUUGGCUGACUUUCUCUCCCGAAGGGGGGGGGGGGAAGGCUGCAGUCCGGAUGGAGCCUCGGCCUGAGUCGGGCGGUGGGGGUAUGUGGCAAGGGGGGCCGUGGUUUGACGCGGUCUGCGCCGAGAGGGCGUGUCGGGAGAAUGACGGUAAGUAAGCAGAUAAACGGCUUAGUGAAAACACCUGAUUUCGUUCUAGUAAUUGUCGAGGAGACGCAUUUAAGGCGCGACGGAAGGAGCAAGGGAGAGAGAGAAACCAGGCUGGGAAAACGGAUGCAAGGAAACUUACCCGGACGCAACGUCGAGGAGUAUCCGGAGGAAAGAAAGAGUUACAACCAAAGAGUGUGUGUGUAUCUGUCAGUGAAUAAGUGAGCGGGUCUGCAACCCGGAAGUAUUGCAGCAAUAAAAGUAUACUUACGUUUUCCCAGCCAAGCCGACCCUGCCUCCUUUCUUCCUCAGACAUUGAACCUUUUUACAACCACACUAAAGGGAAAACAAACCGACUAACUAAGAAAUAACAAACAGACAUGAAAUGUAAAAGCAGUAACGAAAUGGAAGAAAUAGACAAAGCAAAGAGUGGCAGUAUUACAAACAACUAUUCACAUCUGCAUGUACCAUCGAGGAAUUCUCCUUAUUUAAAAGGGGUUACAGCUUAAACGCACCUAUUUAGGAAAUAGUUGAUACUUGCAUUGGUUUCCUUUUGAGUGUGCUUGAACAAGGUUUUGUGCCCGUGGAAAGGUGUUCUCAAAGUCCUAAUGGUUUCAAAUCAACCGGGUGAGUCCGUCUACUUCUUUCUUAGAGCCGGGAUUGGCUGACGAAGUUAGCCGAAGUAAUUCUGCCGAAAGGAAAAACUGUCUCCGAAGAGAGAGACAGGUCUCAGGAUGUGUUCUUGAACUGGAACGCGCGAACACAUGGAAGAGCUGAGCGUCGUUUGCUCCGUUCACGGGUGUUUUAAAGCCUGGGGGGUUCCACGCCCCUCCAAAGUGAGUUAUCCAAUGUGAUGAGCUGAUUUUGGAGCGAAGUCAAAUUCCUUUGUUUCCCCUAUUAGCUCAUUUGCAUUUAGGAUUACUUAGAUGUUUGGCGCUGUAGAAAUCUUUAGAUUUAACAUAGAUAUGGUUUCACACACAUUAUUGUGCCAAUCCUCAUCUUUCCAGGAAUGACGAGAGAAACAUUUAGAUAUAAAACAUGCCAGGAUUAUAAGUACAUUGACAUGAAGUUCGUACAAGAAUGGAAAUAUAAGCAGAAUACAACUUACACACAUGCUUUUAAAGUUAUAGGCGAGGCCGAAUAACAUUGGGACAAAGAUGCAAUGUGGAGACGUAGGUUUAAACCCGUUUUAGACUAUUCUUUUGUGGUUAACAAGAGGGAGACUUUCAAGACUUGACUGACCAUUUGCCCUUAUUCCUGUUUAACACAUCUGGUGUCCAUGUUUAGUGACACCGACCCCAUCCUCCCUGUUGGAAUUUCUUUGAAGUCCACGAGUGUUUGUUGUGAUGUUGUGAGGACAGUUGGAUCAGACUUGCUGGCGCCGAUUAGAGUUCCACUGAGAGGUCAUGGUCUUAACGACCCUCAAUGGUCCUCUUUAUUUCAAAACCCAAAUCUGCUGACGCCGAUUAGACCCCUAUUGAGAGGUCAGGAUAUUUUACGAUGUUCCAAAUGGUCACCUUUGAUCUGGAUAAGAUCCUACAGUAUUUUUAUUGUAAAAUUUGACAAAAUGGAAAAUCAUCUUAGCAAAAUAUAAUUAUUUAUUAUUAAUUAUUAAUGAAAUAUAUAC